UUUUUUUUUUUCUUCUUCGCUGCGAACCUCGAGAAUCUGUUAUUAGAUACAUUAUGAAGUUAACACCAGCCACUUUAUCCGAGUGGAUCGAUCAACCGCUUCAGGAUGUGAAGGAUCUCAACCUGAGCAACAAAGAAAUUACUCACAUUGACGAUAUUUCCGUUUGCGUGUCUUUGCGUAAACUCAAUUUGACCAGCAACAGCUUGUCUGGUGAACAUUCCAUCUCUGGCUUACGCUACCUGGCCGCCGUGACAUGGCUCAACUUGGCGCACAAUCAACUCGACAGUUUCGAAGGUCUUGAGAACCUCAAGACUCUUUUUGUCCUUAACAUGAGCCAUAAUCAGUUGAAUCGUAUCAGUAUCCAUGUUUCCAAACUGACCGAACUCAAAGCUCUCAUUCUGAGUCACAACACCAUCAAGACAAUCGAUAACAUUUUUGACCUCGUGAACCUGAAUACCAUUGUGUUAUCGCAUAAUCGAAUCGAGAAACUGCCGAGUCUUCCGUACUUGACGGAAUUAACCAAAUUAUCCGUCGCUCACAAUGUCUUGCGCGAAAUCCCGGAUUUAUCGGCCAAUGAGUCCCUGAAGGAACUGAGACUCAACGACAACAAAAUCACAAAGAUACCCGAUUCCUUGAGAAACUGCAACGCCCUCGAAAUUAUCGAUUUUGGCAAUAAUUUAUUGUCAGAAUGGAGUGAUAUUGCCCCUCUCGGUUCGUUGAUCCGAUUGAAUAAUCUGAAUCUCAAAGGAAACCCUGUUGCUUCCAAGGAAGGAUAUCGAGAAAAGAUUUUGGCCUUGAUUCCUUCUUUACGUAUUUUGGAUGGUGAACGUUUCGAUCCCAGAUUUUUGGAGCGUAAGAAGAAACAGGAAUCGAAUCCCAAAUUGAUGGAAAAGAAGGAACGUCUCAAACGUGAAAAGAAGAUGAAGGAAUUGGAAAAGGUGAAUGGAGAAGAAAGUGCACCAAAGGAGAGAAAGCCACGACACAAAAAGUUGAAACGAGAAGCAUCCGCAGACGAUGGUCAGGAUGAUGAAACGUCCGAAGCAAAGACGAACAAGUCGGUCUCAAAGAAGAGAAAGAACGACGAUGCGGGUAGCAAACAACCUGUCAAGCACGCAAAAACCGAAGGUCCAGCAAAGAAAAAAGUAGCGAAACCUAACAAUGAGGACGAUGCGAAGAAGAGAAAGGCAGAGGACGUCGAAAAGAAGCAAAACAAAAAGCUAAAGGGUGCGGCGAGCGACGGUGCACAAAAGAAAACGUCCGAUGCCAAGGGUCAAAUUAGCGGUGGUGAUACCAAGAAGAAAGAGGCCAAGGCAGCCGAUGGAUCCAAAAAUCAACAGAAAGCUCAACCUGCCAAGGAAAAGAAGAAGGCCGAUGCUUUCUUUGUUAAAGAGCCUGCUUCCGAAGCCAAGAAAGACGCGGCGACGGCUGUCCCCAAUAAGGCUCAAGCUGCAGCACCUGCAGAGAGUGGCAAAAAGAAAACUGCAAAUGCACAGAGCACCACCUCUGCUGUGGUUGCCUCAGCCAAGCCAGUUGAAGUGCGAACCGGUGUGGUGUCUGUGAUUGACAAGACAAAGAAGGCCAAAUCAGUCGCACCAAAGAACGAUGUACUCAGCGCAUUAGAGCACAACAGCACAACACAAGAAUCCAGUACAGGCUUGGAUGUCGGUGGAUGGGAUUAAAUAGGUUUUCUCCUUUAUUUUUUCGCUUUGACAGCGUCCCCUUCAGAUUUUCUAGCAUAUCUCUUUUUUUGUUUUUGAUGCAUUACAUUUUUUUUUUUUUUUUGGCGGAUCAUUGUCAGAUCUGUUCUUCAUGAUAAUCAUACAAUCAAUAAAACCUAGUACUCAC